CGUUUAAAACAAAAGCAAAAAAAACUCAAUGCGCAAAUCAUAAUUAUUUAUACAAAAUUUUCCAUUCCCAAAUCUGGUUGUAAUAAAUAUUCUGCAAAUGGCGCCAAUAACCCAUAAAGACUCUGCAACAGAAGCUGAAGGGAACGAACCAAUUAUAGUUGAAAACUUUGGGCUGCCAUCCAGCGAGAAAGUCGAUGGUGUGCAUUUGCCAGAACUCGAUUAUCUGAUUGAAUCCGUAGCCAACUGUCAGAAGCCUUUGUGCGAUGACGCUGAUCUGGAGUGCGUCAGUAAUAUGGUCAAUGCGACCAUCUGUGAAGCGAUCAAAAUAAUUGAGUCGGAUCCGCGCGGACUGUUCUGCUACAAGUAUCCGAAGACACUGUAUAAUGCCUCGGACGAAUUUCAAUAUCCAGUGACACCCUCAAUGGGCUUGAGUGACAUUUCAAGUGAUUUUGUCCAACAAUGGUUAAAAAUUGGCGAAUUUGAGUACAACAAUGUGCUGGCUGUGAUUCGGGACUUUAUUGGCAAAUGGCAGCUGUCCCCAAAAACGAAAUGCGUGGUGCUUACAAAUACUCGACGACACGAUGUGGCCCUAAAGGGCACCAUUUACUUUGUCGAUGCACACUUUUCACGACCCACACAACGUUGUCCCAAUCCCUUGGCAGUUGCCAAGGUUCGUUUUAUAAUCACGGUUUCCAGUGUCAUGCAAAAAUAUUAUCCCGUGAUGAUAACGUACCGCUUCGAAGGAUAUCGCACACUAUAUUACGCUGUGGGUGAUCGUGCGCUGACUUUGAAUACAUUUCAAAGAUUUUAUAUUGAUACCAUACUACACACAAAACUGAGUUUCUACGCUGAGAUCUGUGAGUGUCGCCAUGGUACCGUCGACAAGCCCAAGAAUAACGUUAAGUCUAAGAAUGUUAAGAAAACGAAUCAAUAAACGAGGUGGGGCUCUAACAAAAACUCA